AUGUCAUAUUGCUCAACCCUCUCUCGAAGCAAUAAUUUGGAGGAAAUUCUUUUCACUGAAGAGCUACAGACAGCAUGCUAUCAUUGCUACUGUGACAAGGGCACGCAGUAUCGCAAGGUUGCCUCCAUACCCGGGACAUGUCGCCGUUUGCAGCAAGCCUUAGGGAUUUCUCCGCCAAAUAGCCAUAGACAGUGUGCCAUGAUUGCUACAGUUACACUAUGGACUGCCACGAGGUACUGCAAACGUUACCUACUGCUGAGACAUGUCACCAUUUUCAACAAGCUCGGUAUCUAUCUUCUUGGAGUCACCAGCCACAAGGCCAUUUCGGAAGGUAAAAUGCGAAAAACACUACAAAAGAGACACUCUUGGACAGACGAGGAGCGGAAGAUUCUUUCGUACCUCCGACGCACUUGCCACUGGCACUUCAAGCAAAUCCAAAAGUCAUACUUCCCAUCACUUUCUCUGAGCGCACUCCGAGGAGCCUACUGGCACCAGUCUACCGAAGACCGCAUACGCCGAGCAUCGAACGCCACUAUCCCAAUCAUCGAUCCUGGCAACUCGGUCAAAGGCUUCUCAAGUGCCUCCAAAACCCAUUCCAUCUCGGAUAAUCUCAGUCGAUCAGAAAACAGUAUUGAGGCUUUGGCAUCGACCCCUCCAAGUCCCGUGGAUAGAAACAGGCUAUUCAUUUCCAACGAGUGCAACUCGAGUCGCUACGAACUCCGGCCAAACAGACCCUCAAACUUCCCUCCAAGAAAGCCGCAAUAUCUAGUUGACCGACGCCGUUUCCCCCACUUCUUUAGAUCGUACAAGUACUCUCUCAAUCGACAGGGGAUCCCAGACAGCGACUAUACUCCUCCAUCUCGGAUGCCUACGCCAAGCUCAUCAGAUCGAAGCGUUUCCAUUGUCUCAAGCCUUCCUAGUGCCACGUCAAGCCUUGAACUCUUCGGCUUGGAGGUGCGCUCUCCUCGGUCAUCAAAUAGUGGCUCGGUUACCUCUGAUCGGCCCAACGACAUAUCUAGCUCUGAAUUCUUCAGCUCCGAGGAGCAUCCUCUGCCGACAUGA